AUGGCGGCGCCUAUUUCGGCGCCUGCAGAGCCAGUGGCCCGCGUGGGGCUGGACCUAAACCAAGAUGGCCAGCCAGAUGUCAUCGUUCAGGGCGUGGAUCGGAAUCAUGAUGGCAUCCCGGACGUGCUGCAGCAGGCUCCGACAUGCCAAUGCGGCAACAUUUUUGCAGCAGAUGCGCGCUUCUGUCGGCGCUGCGGCGCCAGAAGACCUUUGCCGCAGGCAAUGCAGCCAAUGAGCCCACAGGUUCAUGCGCAGCGUCCAUGCACAGCGCAGUUUGGCGUUGCCACUCCGUUGACGACGCGGCCGUGUAUGCAGGUGCCGCAGCAACCUGUAGGCUACACCCAGGCAAUGCACAGCGCUCCUGCCGUUACUCUGUCGCCGGCGCCGGCGCCGGCGCUGAGGGUGGUGCAGCCUGUCAUCCAGGAGGUGGUUAGAGAGGUUGCGGUGCACAAGAAAGAGCUGCACACAAUCUUCAGGGAGAGGCCUCAGGUGGAAUUCGUGGAGAGGUCCGUAGAAGUGCCCAAGGUUGAGCUGCAGGAGAAAUUUGUGGAGGUGCCUCACGUGCUUCUUCAUGAGCGCAUCAUGGAGGUCCCGGAGGUCUUCGAAGACGAGCUGGUGAAGCAAGUGCCCCGCCUGGAGUACUUGGAGGUGGAGAAGCUCAUCGAGCUGCCGCUCUUCGAGGCGCGGGAGCAGCUCCUGGAGGUGCCCAGCCUGCUGGAGCAGGAGUGUUUGGUGGAGAUUCCCCAGCUCCGCUGCAUCGAGCUCAUCCGGGAGGUGCCCAAAGAGGUGGUAAAGACCGUUCAGAAGAUGGUCGAGCGGCCCGUGGUGCAGGUGGUGGAGCGGCAGGUGGAGGUGCCUUUGACCACCGUGCAGGAGGAGCUGGUGGCGGUGCCGGUGGUGGAGCAGGUGGACGUCAUCAAGCAGGUGCCCGUCUACGAGCUCCAGCAGGUGGAGAAGCGCAUUGAAAUACCUGUGGUGGAGCUUGAGGAGAAGAUAGUGGAGGUGCCGCAGAGCGAGGUGGCGGAGAAUCCCGUCGAGGUGCCGGAGGUGGAGAUUUGCGAGGUGAUCCGGCAGGUCCCGAAGUAUGAGAUUCGCUACGUGGACAAGGAGGUCAUCACACAUCAGGUUGAGUACAUCGAAAAGUUAGUGGAGGUGCCGCACGUCGUCUAUGAAGAGCGCAUCAUCGAAGUGCCGCAGGUGGAGCGCCGAGAGAUUAUCCGCCACGUCCCCGUCAGCCGUGUGCAGGUGGUUGACAAGAAGGUGCCAAAGCACACCUUGCAAGUGACGGAGAAGGUGGUGGAAGUUCCCUCGGUGCUCACCGAAGAGGUGGCCAUGGAGGUUCCGGAGCUGGCCACCGUGGAGCUCAUCACGGAGGUGCCGAAAGUUCAAGUGAUUCCAGUGCCGGUGGAGGUGCCCAAGGUGGUGAAUCUUCAGAUCCAGGAGCUGCUUGAGGAGGUGCGGGUGACGCUGGUUGAGGAGAGGCUGGUGGAGGUGAUCUUCUUUGGACUUUUUUCCUGCCGCCUGGCUGUAUUGAUGACCUGGCCAGAACAAAGCCCUCAUGAGUGCAGGACCGCGUCAGCCACCUCGUGCACCUACGACUCCUGCGAGGUCUGCUUGGAGGAUGCGGUGAAGCGCAGCGAGCUCACCCUGGAGGGGCCUGACGGCAACGUGUACAAAUCGCCCUGCCGCAUCGCGCGCUGCGAGGAGUUUUGGGAUUCUCAAGCGAUCGUGUCGCAGCUGGUGGGUAUUUUAGCCUCCGAGAAGCUGGGGAUUUCUGUGAGCUAUGUCCACGCUGAAGAUGAAACGUCUGGAUUGUUUGCAGUCCUGGGUUGUUCCUCAUGGAUGCAUGGCGACUGCAAAAAGAUGAUCGAGGAUGCCUCAUCCGCGCGGGAUGCAUUCAACAGAGGAGAGAAAUUGUUUGCAGACCCCCUCCCUGACGCCAUGGUGCACAUGGAAAUGAGUGUCUGGCAAACUCGAAAGCAGUUGUUCCCAGAUUUGAACUGGAACAACAUUCGCGUGGCCAACGUUGGCACCACCGGGUUCCUCGCUACGCCGAACGUCUACGUCCACCGGGAAAUCUUGGAAGAGUCCUGGGCAGCUGAGCAGCUGGCGCUGGAUCACGGGCGAAUAUACACCACACCAGAUGCCGUGAAGUAUUUUGACACGCCGCGGCAGCUGAUUCAACGAGGGGUGGUGGCCGAAAGUGAGACUCCAAACUGCAGCAGUGAAGUGCCCGAAGUGCAGAAUGGCAUGGGCGACCUUGCGGGCACUGGCUGGAUAUGUGCAACGCAUUCGUGGUGGAUUACUCCGGCCUGUGCCGCAUUGGGUGACCAAUGGCUAGAUCUUUGCGUUCCUCUUCUUGACGACGACUGGGGCUACCCCAAAGUGAGUCUCUGGACGGCAAUUGUCAGAACAGGCAUGCUCGUUGCGAAGCUGACAGUCGGCUACAAUGCCCACUAUGAAUUGGUGUCCAACUUUCAGCACCGCGCGCUCUUCCACUGGUGGGACACUGAUACAAUGUUUCGGACGCGGAAUCCUGCUGUGGUCUUCAUAACAGGCCCGGGCUUGGCGGGAUCCUUCUCGCAGAAGCUGGCCUACUCGCCGGCGCUUUUGGCCAGCGAGCAGCUCCAGGUUCUGCUACAAACUGCUCAAGUGCAGAAUGAUCACAUCAACGUUUUGCUGUCGCAGGUGGCCGAGGCCCACGCCUUGGGUGUCAGCAACACGAGCAAUCUGAUCCAGAAGGUGGCCUGCGAUUGGCUCCGCUCCAAUGCCCAGAUCUGGAGCACGUGGCUGCCAGACCCGCGGACGUGUCCUCUUGGCCAGGCCUAUGACACGUCCACGUCCAGCUGUGAGCUAUGUCCAGCAGGCACAUAUGCGUCCAGGGGCAAGACGAGCGGAAUGUCUACUUGUGUAACCUGCCCUCCCGGGACAGCGUGCCCAAUCAGCGGAGACUUGUCGCCCAAGUUCUGCGAGCCGGGCACCUUCGCGGAGCGCCCGGGCUCUCUGCAGUGCGAGCGAUGCCCCAUGUCCACUUUCGCCGAUCUUGCUGGGGCAACUGCAUGCAGGAACUGCAGCGACGUCUACCUUAACUCUGCCACAACAUUUUUAAUGGCGACAUCACCCACAGACUGCACUUGCUCUGAGGGGACCUACUACCGGAGAAGCGAAAAUGCUUGUGUCCCAUGCCCGACGGGCGUUCACUGCCAAGGUGGCAUGGGAGAGCCCCUCCAAGCCUUGGGAUUUUACGUCAAGCGUGCAGGAAAUGAGACGCUGUCAGUAUUCCGCUGCCACGAUGAUCCGAACCGCUGCCCCUUCGGGCCGUUUGGCAGCUGCUGUGAGGGGCGAACCGGCAUGUCUUGCGCGCGAUGCCUGCCUGGCAUGAUUUCCCAUGGGGAAGGAGCUACAUGUGUGGAGUGUCAGAGCGGUGACCUUGCCAGCUUGAUCGUCCUCGGCGGUAUUGUCUUCCCGUGCUCAGCGAUCGUUGCCUAUAUGAUCUUGGACCGUGCCGACUAUGCCAAGCAACCACACUCGCUACUGCAAGCGAGCAUCCUCUCCACAAUGUUUGUGGUGGUGUUGCAGCAGUUUAGCUCGGUGGGCAGAGCACAAGUCCCCUGGGAGCCACCCACUUCUUGGAUCCUCGAAUCCAUGCAGAUUGUGGGCUUUGACUUGGAGGUGGUUCGCGUGGGAUGUUGGGCCGACCUGUCCUCCGUGUGGGCUUACGCGAGCAGGCUGAUGCUUGCCGCCAGCGUGCUGGGGUCCUUCCUGGCGCUGCACGGCGUGGUGGUGCUGCUGAGGUAUCGCGGCGCCUUCUGGCAGCGCACGCCCUCGCUGCUGCGGGUCAUCGGCACCAUUUGCCUGCUCUUCCAGAUCGCGCUCUGCCAUGCAGCGCUGACACCUUUCGAAUGCCGCGCGCACCCCAACGGGCUCCAUACCGUGUCCAGCUUCCCGGAGGUGAUUUGCAGUUGGCGUUCCGACGAGUGGAGCUGGAUGGCCGCCUUGGGUAGCUUUUCAAUGCUGCUUGUGCUGGGCUGGAUUGCGGCGUGCAUCGCCCUCAUCUACCAGUUCCCGCGGCAAAUCCAAAAGAACAACGAGCGCUUUAUGCAGUCCUUCAGCUUCCUUUUUAUACGAAUCAAGCCAGAGGCCUACUGGUUCAUCCUGGUGGUGGUGCUUCGGAAUCUUAUGGUCCCGGUGGUUCCAACACUGCCAAAUGUCACUACUCAGAUUUUUUGCUUGCUUCUGCUGCAGCUGAUGUACCUGUGCAUGGUGAUCAGCUGGCUGCCUUGGAGGACCUACGCUGGCAAUGUCUUGGAUGCCUCCAUUACGAUCGGCAUGAUCACGUUUCUCAGCGUUGGUGGCAUCACUGCGACGGAGGUGAAUCGCAGUGCAGUCUCCUGGCUUUGCUCUGGCAUGGUGGCCAUCAUAAUCGUUCUCAACUUUUUGCUGAUGGCUGCUGCGCUCUUCAAGCACAUCAGGCAGCACCUAUCUAAGCCCUUCAGCUUCUAUCUCUGCCACAACAAAGCAGAAGCUGGCGCGUUUGCAAGGCUGUUGAAGAUCCACUUGGACGAGCUUUGCGCUAAAUCUGCAGUGUUCCGCAAUCAGCUGGUCUUCCUUGACUGUGAUCACCUUCAGUCCUUGGAGUACUUGUUCGAUUAUGUGGCCACCCAAAGCCAGAAUAUGGUUUUGCUGCUCUCCAACGAGCUGCUGAUGAGGCCGUGGUGCUUGGGUGAGCUGACCGCGUCAUACCUUAAGCAGCCGCGCAUCAGGAUGAUACCGAUCUACUGGGCGGACUUCAUUUGUCCUGAUGACGAUUUCAUUCAGAACAUCAAAUCAGUGGUGGACAUUGCCAGCCUGCUGCCGCAUGGAAUCACGACCGAGAUGAUCGAGGACUCGCUGCAUUGGAUGCGAUCGCUGCCCUUUCUGCGUCUACCUCGAGCUUUGGAUGGCAAAGUCAUGGACACUUUGGCAGGGGUGCUCAUCUCGGGCUCAUUUGUGGGGAAGGUCAUCCAGCGGGAGCUGCAAAGCACCGGCGGCAAGAUGGAGGUCUGCGUGGUUGCGGACCACACCAACAUUGAAGCCUGUGCUACUGCUAUGGUCCUAUGCAAGACAGUCCAGCCGUUUCUAUCAACGGCUCCACAUUUAGCUCCUCAUUUUCUUCUGGAGCACGAGACACUUCAGCCGACAACGCGUGUGGUCAUUUUUCUGCUCUCAACUGGCGCUUUCUUCCAGCCGUUUUUCAUGAAGGCAACGGUGCGCGCAGCUGAGCUACAUGCCAGCAUGCUGCUGAUUAAUGCGGAUGGCUUCAAAUUCUCCGGCAAGGUGCUGAAGGACUUCAAGCAGCGGGCGCCCAUGCGCUUCGCCUCCAGCGGGCUCACGGCGCAGCCCGUGGAGAUGUCGCAGCUCAUCCAGUGCAUGAUGAAGGAAACGGCACUCAACCUCUGGCUGCACGAAUUUUCUUGCAGCGAGGAUGUCUUGCGAGUCAAGGCUAAGAAUGUUGCGGACCAGCUGAUGAACGGCAAGUUGAAGCGGUUGCACCACAAGGAAGCACCAGAGCCUUCUGACGCAUCAUCAGAAACAGCUUCUCGCAAUCUUCGGCGUAGCUACAUUGUCUUGGAAGAGACUAAGCUUGUGCAAUCGACUGACGACGAGAAGGAUGUCAACACCAGCGAGGAGGGGCCGCAGCCAGUUACCCUUCCCACGCAGUCUCAACAGAUUCUGGCGCAGGUGAAUUUGCCGGAGGUGUCCGAAGCAUUCUAA